UAUAUUCAGUCUGCUCCUAAUGUAAGUAUGAUCAAGUGCGAUUUGGUGCUGAGCAAACUGUUGAAAACCCUACUAGUGAAUGAAAUAUUUUUUUUAAAUAAAAAAAAAAUAGUGAAUUGAUCCAAAUAACAAUUUAUUAUGGACAUAAAUUUUGAAAUAUUUUUUUUUUAAGAAAUGUCUUGCAUAAAUCAUAAUGGGUUCAAACACACGAGGCCCAUUUGCCAUUUGUAAUAGUUCAGCCCGAGCAACCUAUUUCAAGGCCCACCCAAUUACCUUAAGACUUAAGUCGUCGCAUGACUAAUUUAGUAAUUUUCAAUUCACCGUCCCCUCGCGCCAGCUAUCUGCUAAUCUAGCAAUGUCGACUGCCAAGUUCUGGGCAACUUCUCCUCCCCUUUGCGUUGACUUGAGACAUCCCGGCCAAAAUCCGAACAUCCAGGCUGAGUGAGCCGAGCUCCUCCGGCGAGAAUCGGCUCCUCGUCGAUCCGCAGCGAAGAUCGAAACAAUGGAAUGCGCCACUUCUCCCGGUGGUGCUGCUUCUUCCUCGCCUCUUCUCCCAGCAGGCGAGUACGAGGUUUUCCUGAGCUUCAGAGGUCCCGACGUCCGCAACACGUUUGCCGAUCAUCUGUACACCUCGCUAGUGCGCGCCAAAUUCCGCACGUUUAGGGACGAGGAAGAGCUCCGAAAGGGAGAAGGGACCGCGCCUUCCCUUGCUCGGGCCAUCCCCGAGUCGAAGAUCUACAUCCCGAUUUUCACCGAACAGUAUGCUUCCAGCAAAUGGUGCCUUCUGGAAUUGGCUCGAAUGGUGGAGUGCUGGAAGCAAGACAAGAGACACCUCAUCCUCCCAAUUUUCUACUUCGUGGACCCGAGAGAUGUGAGGAAUCAAAAGGGUCCUUAUCAACAAGCGUUUGAACAACACUCUCAUAAACAUAGCUCAGAAGUUGUGAAUGAAUGGAAGGAAGCCCUCCAAAUUGCAGGGGAGAUGAAAGGAUGGCACGUUAUCGAAUCUCACGGUCAAGGUGCUAUUAUAGGCGAGGUCCUUUCUAAUGUUGAGUCACAUUUGAGGAGUAUGUACACAUUAGUAACCGAUGAGUUGGUGGGAAUCGAUACACAUGUGGGAGAAGUGAUGACAUUGUUGAAUUUAGGGUUAUCCAGCGAGAAAGUCAUCGUUGGCAUUCAUGGUAUGGGCGGUCUAGGUAAAACAACGUUAUCCAAAGCUGUCUAUAACAAGAUUUGUGCCCAAUUUGAUCGUUGUUGUUAUUUGGAAGAUGUACGGGAAGCUCUAGCAGUGAGCAACGGAGCCGUAUCUCUACAAAAUAAGAUUUUAUCUGCUGUUUUGAAGGAUGAUCGUCAAGUUAAAAGUGUUAGCGAAGGGAUCAACAUGAUAAAACAGAGAGUUUGCAAGCACAAAGUGCUUGUUGUUGUUGAUGACAUUGAUGACAAUUUUGAAUUUGAUAAAAUUUUGGGGAAGCCAGAUGAUUUUUCAGGAGAUAGUAGAUUUAUCUUUACAACAAGAAAUAAGAGAGCUCUAGAGUUUCUUCCAGAAUGCAAGUUUUAUGAACCAGGAGAACUGAGUUAUCAUCUUUCCUUGCAACUAUUUAGCAAACAUGCUUUUGGGAUGGACAGUCCACCAGAGGAAGAUGCAAGAAUAUCUGAUGACUUCGUAAAAGUUGCUACUGGACUUCCUUUAGCUCUCAAGGUGAUAGGGUCACUUUUGUUUCGUAGAGAGAGGGAAUUUUGGAAAGAAAAGUUGAUAGAAUUACAAAACAUACCUUCUACUACUGAGAAUAAGUUGCAUGAGAGAUUGAAGAUUAGCUGCAACGAGCUGACACACAAUGAAAUGCAAAUCUUUCUUGAUAUUGCUUCUCAUUUCACAGGCAGCCCCAAAGAUUUACCUUACUAUAUGUGGAGUGGCUGUGAUUUCUAUCCAGAAAGUAGCAUCACCACUCUUAUCAAUAGAUCUUUGAUUAAGGUUGACAAAAGAAACCAAUUUUGGAUGCACGAUCACAUCAAAGAUCUUGGGAGAGCCAUUAUUAAAAUGGAAGAUGUUGAACAUCCAUAUAACUGUAGCAGGAUAUGGUCUACCGACGAUGCACUCAACAUGUUAAGAAACGGAGAGGGAAGUGAACGGGUUGAAGUUCUUCGGAUAAACGUGAGAUUCAGAGAUGAUCAUGAAAAACUGCUCAACAACAAGGGAUUCAAGAACUUACCGAGAUUACGAUAUUUAGAGGUGCACGGUGGAGAUGUGAAGGGGGAUUUCAGCCAUGUUCUUCCAAAUCUGUGUUGCCUUCGACUUCGACGUUGUGGAUCUAUCCCAACUGAUAUCAACACCAAGAAAUUGAUUGUUCUUGAUUUGGAGCGUUCCAGUGUGAAAGAUAACUGGAAGUGCUGGAGCAGAAUACAGGCGGCAAGGAAGCUGAAAGCUAUAAACUUAUUCAAGUGCUCCAAACUGACAAGAACUCCCGACUUGUCCACGUGCGCAAGCCUGGAGUUGAUAAAUUUUGAGCAUUGUAAAGAAAUGGAAGGGGGACUGCACAUCCGCAAUUUCAAGAAUCUGAAAACAUUGAGGCUCUCCUCCACCAAGAUAACAGAGUUGAUCGUCCCCGGCGGCGGAGGUAACAUAGGAAAGCUUCAACUGUUGGAGGAAAUGGAUAUGAGGUUGACACAUUUGAGAGAAUUGCCCGUUGGGAUGGAAAAACUAUCCUCUCUCAGAAUCCUGUUGAUGGAAUCAGAACUCAGCAGGGUGAAUAACUACAAGAUGAAGAUACCCAAGCUCCCGGGUAGUUUGAAGAGGCUAUCCAUCUCAUCUCCAUCAGGGGUCCCAAAUCUGCUCGAUCUCAAGGAGUUGGAGUCACUGAGCUACCUAAAUGCUAGUAAUCCGUGGAUCCCAGGAGACUUAUGGCGGCUGCCCAAUUUGAAGGAACUGAUUUUAAAGCAAUGCAGCGUCUGUGGUCCACUACUGCAGCAGGACCAGGAGGCAGCUUCCCCUGCUGCUGCUCUGCCGCCAUCUUUAACCAGCCUUCAUGUGGAGGAAUGCGGCCCUUUGAAUGAUCUCCCCAAUCUAGCGAAUCUGCAAAAUCUGACCCAACUCAAACUCACGCAUAUUGGGGUGGUCGAGAUUUCGGGCCUGGGAGAGCUGAGGGCGCUGGAGACGAUGUGGAUAUCCGAUUACCCGAGCCUGAAAAGCCUCGUUGGACUUGAGAAUCUGCUCCUCCUCCAUACCCUUUUCGUGGGAAGGUGCGAGAAGCUGGAGAGACUGCCGAGUGUAGCGAAUUUGAUCAAACUGAAGGACUUGACGGUUUGCCAGUGCCCGUUUCUCGUAGAGAUACAAGGCCUGGGUGACCUCGGGGAGACUCUAUCCCGUAUGGAAAUAGAAAAUUGUCCCAACUUUGCUAGCUUGGAUGGACUUGGACUUCUAGGGUCGUUGGAGGCUCUGACUCUGACAGAACAAUCGUUUGGAGAGAAACCAUUUCCCGAGCUCUCCAGUCUCGUCAAUCUGAAACGGUUGGACAUCAUCCGGUGUCCAGAGUUGAGUGAGGUUAACGGGUUGGAGAGGUUGGUGUCAUUGGAGUCUCUGGGUAUGGAGGGUUGCACUUCGAUUCGACAGCUGCCGGAUCUGUCUGCGCUAAGGAACCUCAAGAGGUUAGACCUCACACAUUGCGAAAGCUUGAUUGAUCUCCCAACUGGGUUCGAAAGAUUAGAAUCGCUGCGGCAGCUGGUGAUGUGCGAUUGCUAUUCGAUUACGAAGCUGCCAGACUUAUCCGGCCUCGAUAAUUUGGAGGAACUGAACCUUGAGGAGUGCACAGGGUUGGUUGAGGUCAAGGGGAUGGAGGGAUUGGAGUCAUUAACACAGCUGCGGUUGUUUGGUUGUUGUUUGAUUACAGAGAUGCCAGACUUAUCCGGCCUCAACAAUCUGGAGAUUCUGGACCUCAGCUAUUGCGAAGGCUUGACUGAGGUCAAGGGCGUGGAGGGGUUGGGAUCAUUAACAAUGCUGUUCAUGUUUGAUUGCAGCUCAGUGAAGAAGUUGGGAAAUCUGUCUGGUCUCAGGAAGUUGAAGGAGCUUCAAAUUGAGGGGUGCACCAAAUUGACCAAGGUGAGCGGAAUCGAGGAGCUGGACGGGUUAUUGCUCCUGGGAAUGGACAAAAGGAUGAGACUGAAGCAUUGGGUGAAGUCGGCUGCGAGAUAUGGCAAGGGACUAGCUGCACGCUUCAUGCCCACGAUGGGGAUUUUUAGCAGCUGGUGAUGGCAAUUGGCAGCCAAUACUACUCCACUGGGAAUGGAGAAAAGGAUGAGAGUGAAGCAUUGAAAUGUUUGUCUCAAUCGGCAGUACAUUUCCAGAGAAGGGUUGUGCUUGAAAUAGAUGGAAGGCCAUACUGUCUCCUUACAGGUACUUUCUUUCUCCUUACACCCACCAAGCUUCCAUUUUUGCAGUGAGAUCAACCAAUAAUCAUGACUCGUUAGCUUAAGAUCUAAAAAAGUUUGUAAUGGAAAUGGUAGUAGAAAAUCUUGGGAAUCCACAACUUCAUUUCCUCUGUACAUCCCAUGGUAUGCGACACUGUUAACAUUUUUGGUUGAAUACUUUACUUUUCCUUGUUAGAUUGUAAUGAAAAUUGAACUCUUUUCUGUGAGAAGAACAUGAGUGUCUUCGAUCGAAUCACUAGGUCAAUCAUCAAUAUUCCCGUGAUGUUUCAGAAUUACCAAAACGUUUAACUCUCAUAAUGGCCUUCUCUUUGAGGUAAUCUGAUGAUUUAUGUGAAUCAAAUUAAUCAGAAUUGUGAAAAGAGCAUGCUGAAAAUCCAAUCUUAUGUGAGUUUUGAUUAAACAAAUUAUGUGCAGAUGUGACGACCUCUAUUCAGAAAAGCAGGAUUUCGAAUCAUACUAUUUGCGGU